AUGUCAUUCGUGAAAAGAAAUACGGUGAUUUCGGCACGACCUGGGCGGCCGGCCGCCCAGGCAGCUCCAGCACCGGAGAAGCAGCAGCUCGCGCCUGGAAUCCGUCCGUCGCCUCUGGAUGGCAGGCCCACGACAUCAACCGGGACGUCAUCGCUCGAUCAGCUCCUCGCGGGACACGGCGGCCUGGCGCUGGGGACUUGUCUCCUGGUCGAAGAACAGGGCACCACCGACUUCUCCGGUGUCCUUCUACGAUACUACGCUGCCGAGGGAUUGGUACAGGGCCAUCAGGUCCAUCUUGUUGGCUACCCCGCGGAAUGGAAACACCAGCUCCCUGCCGUGGCCGCGCCAGAUAGCAAAGCCAGGGCAGCUCAGCCCCCGCCGACUCCCGAAGAGAGGAUGAAAAUCGCUUGGAGGUAUGAAGCUUUGGGGAAUUCCGCAACGCCGGUGACCGGGACAAGAGGAGACACAAGCCAGGGGACAUUCUGCCACGCGUUCGACCUGGCCAAGCGCCUCUCCCCGAGCUCGUGUAAAGGGUCGCUGCACCCGACACCGAGCACACAUCCGCCGCUGCUCGAUCAAAGAAGCCACGGGCCCGCCUCACCAUUCCAGGCCAUCAUCAAGCACCUCCAAGCCAAACUCUCAGCCUCCCCACCAACCGAAAUCCACCGCGUCGUCAUCCCAGGCCUCCUCCUCCCGACGCUCUACCCACCCCAAUGCGCCCACCCGUCCGAAAUCCUCCCGUUCCUCCACGGCCUACGCGCCCUCCUCCGACAGUACCCCACACAACUCACAGCCACGCUCACCCUCCCGACCUCCCUCUUCCCGCGCACCGCCGGCCUGGUCCGCUGGAUCGAGCUGCUCUGCGACGGCGUCAUUGAGCUGAUCCCGCUGCCCGCAAAUCCCGGCGCGCCCCCGCCACCUCCUCGGCCGUCGUCGUCGUCAUCGUCUGCGUCCAGCGCGGGGGCGGAGAAGAAUGAGCAGCCGCAGGGCCUGCUCAGGGUCCACACGCUGCCGGUGUUCCACGAAAAAGGAGGAGGUGGCGGUGGUGGGGUCGGGGCCAGCUCGUUCCGCGAGACGCUGGCAUUCAGCUUGAGUGCGAGCAGGGGGCUGGUUAUUAAGCCUUAUAGCCUUCCGCCGGUGGAAGGGGAGGGGGAGGGGCACGGGGAGAAGACGGGUGGUGGGAAAGAGCAAGGGAUUGAGUUUUGA